GCUGAUGUAUGGCCCUCAGGGAUCAUGUUCAAGGUGACAGGUAGUGCCAUGCCGGGAUCCACGCGCUUGCUGCCGCUCGUUUGGGCUGCUGAUGCCGCAGAUGGUGGGGAGAAAGAGCCCGAGGCCCGGUUAAAGCUGGAUGACCUGUCCCUGUACACCGCUCCUCAAAAGCCUCACUAUGUGGAGCCAGCGGCGGGGCAGCUUGAGGAGCACGUCGCCACCCUCAGGAAGUUAGUUGAGCCCUACACGGGAUGGUGUCAGGCCACCGUCGGUAAACUGAAACCCAAAGUGGAGAGUCUCGUGCAGUCCGGAAAUGACUCCUACGUCUACCUGCAGAACCAUCCCAAGGAUUUCUACGCGCAAGCGGGGAUCAUCGGCUUCACGGGGCUCCUCGGAUUGUUCCUCGCAAGAGGCUCCAGGGUUAAGAAGUUAAUCUACCCCGCUGGUCUGAUGACCGUGAGCGCCUCCUUGUACUACCCGGAGGAGGCGGUGACCAUCGCAAAGUCAACCGGGGAUUCGGUGUACGGAUACGCGGUUCGGGGCUUCGCUGCGGCGGAGAAGCUCCUCAGCCCGCAGAGCAAAGACGGAAAAGGCAGCAAGGCAGAGACGAAACCAUGACGGAUGGAUGGAUGGAUGGACGGACGGACGGACGGACGUCCCCGCGCAGCAAUAACGGAUCACGCGGCAGCAGCUUUUCUAGUACUGUAGAUGAUGGACCUGGACAGGUUCCACUCUGAUGUCUGCACUAUUCCUCAUGCUUUACUCAGGCCAGACUUUGCCUUUAAUAAUUGACCUCUGCUACGGAUUUGAAUGUAUAUUUAAUGAUAAAGAUCAAUAUUUUGCUUUGGAUAAAAGAACUUGAAACACUUUAACGGAGUCUCACGUGCUGUCUACUGUUACUUGAAUAGGACAAAAAGUACUAAAUGAAGUUACUGAGGAAAUACAAAGUAAAUAUAUUUAAAGUUUUUUCAUAAUUAUUCCUCCACUUUAAGAGUUCUGUGCAUUUGACCAAAUCCUCUUUAUAAUCUGAAAUAAAGAGUUUAAACACUAUUGUCACUUUGAAACCUCAAAGAGUAAAUGUAAGCUGAAUAAACACGCAAUACCACUG